GAUUAUUAUUGUUGGUCACCUUAUUAUUUUUCAUUCGUUUUAUUUGUAAACAAUUGCAAAAAAGUUACGAAUUUAAGCUGAAUAAAUGUACAUUGCCUAAAAAUUCAUUACAGAUUAAACUGCCAUUAAACUUAUAAAACCGUAGAGUCCCCACCAGUUCACAAUGUUUAAAAAAUCCAAGCCCAAAAUUGAACCACCUCCCACGGCUCCAAGUAUUGAGGAAAUGCUAGCGGACAUGGAAACCUUUGAGGUCAAUCAACCCACAAGCGGUCCUACGGAUAAUUCCGAUUUGGAGCACGCCCUUCUCACGGAACCGGAGAAUCUGUCGCUUUCAACAUGGUGGCAAGUUUUCGACGAAUACGAUCAGAAAGUCAAGAAGUUAUCGGCCACCGAGGAAAGUUUGGAAACCCAAAGAAAUCAACUCAAAGAAUGCUACGCAAAACUGGAAAAUAAUGCUGAUAAAUUAAGGGAGGGCAUCAGAAAGCAACAGGCGCUGGCCAAAGAAGCUCUUAAAUGUUGAGUUUGGAUAUUAAAAAAACUUUAUUUUUAAUAUUUUACGUUUAUUGGUUGUCAGGCAAUAAUCAAAAGCAAUUAAAUGUCUAAUUUUCUAUUGGCAUGGAUAGAACUGCCUUAAAGUCCAUAA